GAGCCUUAUAAAAUAUAUGGAGUUCCUAUUUCUAGGGUUAGGGCUCCCCAGAGAGAAGGCAAGCAGCGGCAGCCAUGGUUCUCAAGACUGAACUUUGUCGCUUCAGCGGUGCCAAGAUAUACCCUGGUAAGGGUAUCAGAUUCGUCCGCUCAGAUUCCCAGGUUUUCCUUUUCGCCAAUUCAAAAUGCAAGAGGUACUUCCACAACCGGCUCAAGCCUUCAAAGCUUACCUGGACUGCAAUGUACAGGAAGCAGCAUAAGAAGGAUAUCCAUGCUGAAGCUGUGAAGAAGAGGCGCCGAACUACCAAGAAACCUUACUCUAGAUCAAUUGUUGGCGCCACUUUGGAGGUGAUUCAGAAGAGAAGAACUGAGAAACCAGAAGUACGGGAUGCUGCCAGGGAAGCUGCCUUACGUGAAAUCAAGGAAAGAAUUAAGAAAACCAAGGAUGAGAAGAAGGCGAAGAAGGCAGAAACAUUGGCAAAGACACAAAAAACUCAGACUAAGAGCAUGCCCAAGGGACCAGCAUCGAAAGGCCCUAAACUUGGAGGUGGUGGUGGAAAGCGCUGAACACCUAGUAUUUCUCUAGUAGAAGAAAGGCAAUAGGACAUCAGAUUGAGUAAAAAUAUUUCACUUUUGUUAAAGUAUUCAGACAUUUGCGUAUUCAUAUGAGCUGGUAUUUAUAUGUUUAUUUAGACCUUCUAGGGUUGUAGCUUCCAGCUUGGAACUUCAAGGCAAUGUUUGUCGGCCACUCAGAUUCUGCUUAUGUUGUGCUACUGUUAGUUUGUCAACUUGGAUAUUUUAUUUUGUUUUAGGUUGUAACUGCUUUAUCUAUGCUUGAUGCGAUUGCCAAUA